UCUCGCUCUCUGAAUUCCUAAGGGAUUUUUCAUAGUUUUUCGGACAGAAUGCUUGCCGGCCCUGAGGGAUUGGUCAGGGCUCAAGACUCUCACCCUUCUCUCUUCCUGUGGCGUCCGCUCCACUCAGCCCCUCGCCCUAAAAUGGAGCUGGUUGCGUCAUCAGCCUCAGUGUGACUCGCAGGAGGUGGAGGGUUCAGUUAAAACCCUACACACUAGGGAAACCAUUCCGUUUCCUUCCUGGAUUACAGCUGUGAACAGACCACAGACCUUCCUCUCUCUCUCCAUUCUUACCAUCCAUUCCUCUCUUCACGGAUCCUCCACCCCUCUCUCUCCAUUCUUCCAAUCCUCUCUCCACUCGCUGCUCUCCUUGGUGAUCCCCGAUCCACUCCUCUCUGGUGCUCCACUCCUCUCUGGUGCUCCAUUCCUCCUGUGGUAGGGGCGAUGUGCUCCAUAGGUUUUGUGCGGUCGCUGGGCUUUGCCCUCCUGCCCCUGGCGGUGUGCUGUAUUGUGGCCAACGUUCUGCUGUUCUUCCCCGGAGGAGAGAUCCAAUAUGUCCAACAGGAGAGACUGUCCAGGCUGGUCUGGUUCAUGAUGGGCAUCGGAGGGGGAGGCGCGUUGAUGUUCCUGCCUGCUGGGGUUUUCAUCAGCCUGGGGAAAUGUACAGGCCGCUGUUGGAAUGAAAGCUUCAUGAUGUGUGGGUUAGUCAUGGCAGCGCUAGUUGGGCUGGCCGGGUCGGGGUACUGUUUCGUCAUCUCUGUCAUGGCCAUGUUAGAGGGGCCUCAAUGCAACAACGCUCAAGGAUGGUCCUAUCCCUUCGCCAACCAGGGAGGAAGGUACCUGUUUGAGCAGGAGACGUGGUCUAAGUGUUUUCAUCCCAUCAGCAUCGUGGAGUGGAACGUGACUCUGCUCUCCAUCCUGCUGGGGCUCAGUGGGCUGGAGUUCAUCAUCUGUUUCCUGCAGGUCAUCAACGGACUGGUGACAGCUGUCUGUAGACCCUGCUGCUACAAACAGGACUACACCCUCAACGCCUGAACACACACACACACACAGACAUAGAUGAGAUGCAUGCACGCACAAACGCACGCAUGCACACACACACACAAAUGUGACACACACACACACACAUGUAAAUUAUACAUACACACGCAUGCAUAUAACAUAAGAUCCACGGGCAUACCCAUGAAAUGACAUAUAAGUCACAUGCCAGGAGAGUGUACACUACCAGCUGGGGAACAUUGCUUCCUGGAUACUCGUUGUUAUCUCCUUAUUGGUUUCUAAUCAGGAAGUGUGAUUCAGGAAGUGUGAUUCAGGAAGUGUGAUUCGGGAAGUGUGAUUCACAAGCGAAUGCUGCCUCAUCUCUGUAUGAGGGAGAGAUACCUGUCUGAAUGUUUAGUUCAUUUAUGGUAUUCAUUUCAAAGCACUGUAUUAGAAACACGCCGGAUGAAAGUUUGUAUUAUAUAGACCGUAACUGCAGCCUUUUUUAUGUUUUGUAUUUUUUAUGUUAUGUCUUAACCCACUGGGCACAGACGUCAGUUCAACGUCUAGUUUUGAUUUAUAUUUGGUUGAGUUGUCAACUAACGUGAAUUUUACGUGAAAUCAA